AUGCCUAUCUACGACUACGAGCCGUCGCUAUCGCUGGACCACGAAGAUCACGCGUCAAGCACCGACAAUGGCAGCAUGGGGUUCUUCCCAGACACGCCAGAGUCGGCGUCAAACGAUCACGGCUUUGAAGACAAGUCAGUGGUAGUUGUGUCUGCUGACGGUGGCGUGGAGAUCCAAGGUGAUCUCGACGAGGAGAAAGCGCCGCCACCUUCAGACUACGACGAACAGGAGGAGCUUUCACCUGAGGCUCGUGCGCUUCUCCCAGCUCCGAACUCAUGUCCUCGUUCGGGCAUUAAUCUACGCAGACAGUCACCUACAUUUGGCAGCAGUAAGUCUCAUGCAUCGGCACCACGCCGCACUCAGUCUUUCGGCGAAGCCCCAGCGCAGCCGCGUCUUGAGGACUAUCUGUGUACGUGCAAGUAUUGUCCACGCGCCAUGACGAUCCAGCGCGCGUUUCAGCUCUACGGCUUCGCUCUAGACCACCCGCAGAGCGAAGCCUUGUUGCGCGUGCUACGUGCCUGUGCCAACUACGACGAGACAAUCAUGGAGGUGGACCCGCUGUUGGUGCUGCACGCCGAGAAGAUGCUCGAGGAGCUCGGCUUCGAUGAGGACCAGACCUUCCGUCUCCUCAUCGUCUCGCACUUCCAGCGAGCGUAA